UAAUGCAGAAAGGAGUUACUGGCAAAAUUCCUUUGAUGUGCAUUGUAUACAGCUCAUCUUUGGAUACCACUUCAAGCACUAUCCAUAACAAUCUUAUAAAAUUCCGAAAUGAUCCUCCCUGUAAGAAUUCUCAUUCUGCCUGGAACUUAACCAACACUUGUCUAUUUGGAUUGCCUUGGAUUCCGUAUUUUCAAGACUCCUUGGUAGAGGCAUCUCAUCAGUCACUUCUGCUUAGUAUGCCUCAUCCAUUAGUCCAUGAGAGCGCAAAUGUAGCUAUAUUCUAGGUUCUUGCAUCACAAUCCUGAUAACUCUGUUGCCAUAUCUUCCUUAAAAUUUCAUUUUUGAACCACUCACUACAGAUUUCAUCACUUUUUGGUGCCACUUCCUGAGAGGACAUUGGAUUGUGUAGUGCCCAUUGCUUCAUAUGUUUUUUAAAAGUGUUCCUUUUAAACAAAGGCCA